CCCUGGAAGCAGUUCCGGGAAACCCCGCGUGCUGCCGGGAUCGCGUCUCUGUCCAUGAGGGGGGGAGGGGGUGGCGCGCGCGCCAUUUCUAGUCGUUUUCAAAGCGCCUCGCGCUGAUUCUCACGGGCCCGGCCGGCGGCCCCAGCUCUGCCCUGCAUAAUAAAAUGGCUAAUCAGGUGAAUGGUAAUGCGGUACAGUUAAAAGAAGAGGAAGAACCAAUGGAUACUUCCAGUGUAACUCACACAGAACACUACAAGACACUGAUAGAGGCAGGCCUCCCACAGAAGGUGGCAGAAAGACUUGAUGAAAUAUUUCAGACAGGAUUGGUAGCUUAUGUCGAUCUUGAUGAAAGAGCAAUUGAUGCUCUCAGGGAAUUUAAUGAAGAAGGAGCUCUGUCUGUACUACAGCAGUUCAAGGAAAGUGACUUAUCACAUGUUCAGAACAAGAGUGCAUUUUUAUGUGGAGUUAUGAAGACCUACAGGCAAAGGGAGAAACAAGGGAGCAAGGUGCAAGAGUCCACAAAGGGGCCUGAUGAAGCAAAGAUCAAGGCAUUGCUUGAAAGGACUGGCUAUACUCUGGAUGUAACCACAGGACAGAGGAAGUAUGGUGGUCCUCCACCAGACAGUGUGUACUCUGGUGUACAACCUGGAAUUGGAACAGAAGUCUUUGUAGGUAAAAUACCAAGAGAUUUAUAUGAGGAUGAGUUGGUACCCCUUUUUGAAAAGGCUGGUCCCAUUUGGGAUCUACGUCUUAUGAUGGAUCCACUGUCUGGUCAGAACAGAGGGUAUGCAUUUAUCACCUUUUGUGGAAAGGAAGCUGCACAGGAGGCUGUUAAACUGUGUGACAGCUAUGAAAUUCGCCCUGGUAAACACCUUGGAGUGUGCAUUUCUGUGGCAAACAACAGGCUUUUUGUUGGAUCAAUUCCGAAGAAUAAGACCAAGGAAAACAUUCUGGAAGAAUUCAGUAAAGUCACAGGUUUAACAGAGGGUUUGGUGGACGUUAUUCUCUAUCAUCAACCCGAUGACAAAAAGAAGAAUCGGGGGUUCUGCUUCCUUGAAUAUGAGGAUCACAAGUCAGCAGCACAAGCCAGACGCCGGCUGAUGAGUGGAAAAGUAAAAGUAUGGGGAAAUGUAGUUACAGUUGAAUGGGCUGACCCUGUGGAAGAACCAGAUCCAGAAGUCAUGGCUAAGGUGAAAGUUUUAUUUGUGAGAAACUUGGCUACUACAGUGACAGAAGAAAUACUGGAAAAGUCAUUUUCUGAAUUUGGAAAACUCGAGCGAGUGAAGAAGUUGAAAGAUUAUGCAUUUGUUCAUUUUGAAGACAGAGGAGCAGCUGUUAAGGCCAUGGAUGAAAUGAAUGGCAAGGAAAUAGAAGGGGAAGAAAUUGAAAUAGUCUUAGCCAAGCCACCAGACAAGAAAAGGAAAGAGCGCCAAGCUGCUAGACAGGCUUCCAGAAGCACUGCGUAUGAAGAUUAUUACUAUCACCCUCCUCCUCGUAUGCCACCUCCAAUUAGAGGUCGGGGUCGUGGUGGGGGGAGAGGUGGAUAUGGCUACCCUCCAGAUUACUAUGGCUAUGAAGAUUACUAUGAUGAUUACUAUGGUUAUGAUUAUCACGACUAUCGUGGAGGCUAUGAAGAUCCCUACUACGGCUAUGAUGAUGGCUAUGCAGUAAGAGGAAGAGGAGGAGGAAGGGGAGGGCGAGGUGCUCCACCACCACCAAGGGGGCGGGGAGCACCACCUCCAAGAGGUAGAGCUGGCUAUUCACAGAGGGGGGCACCUUUGGGACCACCAAGAGGCUCUAGGGGUGGCAGAGGGGGUCCUGCACAACAGCAGAGAGGCCGUGGUUCCCGUGGAUCUCGGGGCAAUCGUGGGGGCAAUGUAGGAGGCAAGAGAAAGGCAGAUGGGUACAACCAGCCUGAUUCCAAGCGCCGUCAGACCAACAACCAACAGAACUGGGGUUCCCAACCCAUCGCUCAGCAGCCGCUUCAGCAAGGUGGUGACUAUUCUGGUAACUAUGGUUACAAUAAUGACAACCAGGAAUUUUAUCAGGAUACUUAUGGGCAACAGUGGAAAUAGACAAGUGAGGGCUUGAAAAUGAUAUUGGCAAGAUCCGAUUGGCUCUAGAUCUACAUUCUUCAAAAAAAAAAAAUUGGCUUAACUGUUUCAUCUUUAAGUAGCAAUUUGCUGCCAUUUGUAUUGGGCUGAAGAAAUCACUAUUGUAUAUAUACUCAAGUCUUUUUAUUUUUUUUUUUCCUCUUUUCAUAAAUGCUCUUGGACAUUAUUGGGCUUGCAGAGUUCCCUUAUUCUGGGGGUUACAAUGCUUUUAUCGUUUCAGGCUUCAUUUUAGCUUCAAAAACAAGCUGAGCACACUGUUAAAUCAUGAUUUUGCAGAACCUUUGGUUUUGGACAGUUUCAUUUUUUUGGAUUUGGGAUAGAUUACACAGGAGUAUGGAGUAUGCUGUAAAUAAAAAUACAAGCUAGUGCUUUGUCUUAGUAGUUUUAAGAAAUUAAAGCAAACAAAUUUAAGUUUUCUUGUAUUGAAAAUAACCUAUGAUUGUAUGUUUUGCAUUCCUAGAAGUAGGUUAACUGUGUUUUUAAAUUGUUAUAACUUCACACCUUUUUGAAAUCUGCCCUACAAAAUUUGUUUGGCUUAAACGUCAAAGCCGUGACAAUUUGUUCUUUGAUGUGAUUGUAUUUCCAAUUUCUUGUUCAUGUAAGAUUUCAAUAAAACUAAAAAAUCUAUUCAAAACAUUACCUAUUUCAAA